UCUGGACGCGUCAUGUCGAAGCCGUCUGCUGCAGCAUCUGGUUCACGACUUUGUUGACAACUCGGUUUGAGCCGCUGAGUCACUUUGUCGCUGUUUUAAAUCUUGCUCUCUCUGUCAGGGUGGCUGAGGCCUCUACUUGUCACCAUGUCGCAAAAACCAAAGGGUAAACAAGGAACCAAGGGUAUCAAGCAGAUUGUGGAAGAAAAUGUACAAACCCUUAGCUUCUACAGAAACAUGGUUUUCAUUUCUAAUGCAAGCUUCUUAGCUGUAACUUGUGUUCUCUUCGAUGUUUUUACAACUUGGAAUAUUGUUAUGCUUGUGUUUUCUGCUAUAGUUUACAUUGGGAGCUAUCAAUUUAUGGCAUUUAUGGCAAGAGCCAAGUACACUGACUCUGGUCAGCUUUUUGAUAGUGGAGUUGACCUAAACAUGGAAGGUGGAAUAGCUGAACAUGUGAAGGAUCUUAUCAUUCUGACUGUGAUCUGUCAGUGCCUAUCCUUAUUUUCUAACUACUUCUGGUGGUUAUGGGUCCUGGCUCCAGGUCGGGGUUUCCACAUGCUUUGGAAGAAUGUUUUGGGACCAUGGUUCUUCCAGCCAGCAGAAGAACGACAGCAAGAAAUUGAUCCAAAGAAACAACGUAAAAUGGAGAGAAAGCAAACACGGGGACGUUAUUGAAGUGUGCUCUCGUUUGACGAGAGAUGGUGAACAAAGUGACAAUUACUAGCUUGUCCAAAACCUUUCAAAGUCUGGAAUGAGUCUUAGCGGGUAAUGUGCCAAACUGCUGGGCACUUGAAGUAUUUUUGUCCUAUGGACAUCCACUUUUGUAUUUUGGUGUUUCUCUGAAUCAGAGGAGUAAAGCCAAUCAAUGAAGAAAACAUACAUGUGAUAGUGAUCCAUGCAUUAAUAAUUGUUUCUAGGAUGUCAAUUUUAUCUACAUUCUCAUAAAAAUGCUCAAUUAAACACAAAUUACAAAAAAA